AGGAGAGAGAGAGACUCUUUUUCAUCCUGCUCUUUCCCCAUUCCCCCCAUCAUCAGACAAGCAGAGUAGAGCAGGACAGAGAGACGUGAGCCAACAAGUGCAGAACAGAACAACUCCACAAAGAGAAGAGAGAGGAGGAUAGUUCCCUUUGCAAGGACAGAAAAAGAGGAGACAAUCAAGCCUUUCAGAAAACACCAACAGGAGAAGAAAUAUGAGACUGCAGCACAUUUAAAUCCUCUAAUCUUCUUUGCUCACCAACUGAGGACUUUUUUCUAGUCCCAUUUUAUGUUGGAACAGUUAGAUUUCUUUCUCAUUCUUCAAGAGGCUACACACUGAUUGUAGAAAACCUUCACUGUGUAGUAGGACUUUUUGAAGAGAGAAGGAGAAAGUGGGAGAAGGAAAGAGAAAAUAAGGCUUUUUUGGAGCCAGGAUUUGAGAAGCAGGAGGCUACAGAGAUGGAGAUCAUGCCCGGGAGAGGAGCUUGUUCUGGGGCAGGCAUGGGGAGGUUACCUGGGUACCUGGUGUGUGUGCUGGUUCUCUGUGCCCUGGUGACAGGCUAUGCCAGCACAUGCCCUGCCCUGUGCACCUGCACUGGCACCACAGUUGACUGCCAUGGGCUGGGCAUCAAAACCGUGCCCCGGAAUAUACCCCGCAACACAGAGAGAAUGGAACUGAAUGGGAAUAACCUCACACGCAUCACCAAGACAGACUUCUCUGGACUCAAGUACCUCCGCGUGCUGCAGCUGAUGGAGAAUCAGAUUGGAGCGAUAGAGCGUGGAGCGUUUGAUGACAUGAAGGAGCUGGAGAGACUAGAUCUGAGUGAGAACAACAUCCAGUCCAUCCCCAGAAAGGCUUUCAGAGGAGCUACAGACAUCAAGAACCUUCAGUUGGAUAAGAACCACAUCAGCUGCAUCGAGGACGGAGCUUUCAGAGCACUGAGGAGCCUGGAAGUACUUACUCUGAACAACAACAACAUCAGCAGCAUCCCAGUCUCCAGCUUCAACCACAUGCCCAAACUACGCACCUUCCGUCUCCACUCCAACAACCUGCACUGUGACUGUCACCUGUCCUGGUUGGCCGAGUGGUUAAGACAAAGGCCUACAAUUGGUCUGUUCACCCAGUGCACUGCUCCAUCCCCGCUUAGAGGACUCAACGUGGCUGAGAUACAGAAACAUGAGUUUACCUGCUCAGGUCACUCAGAGAGCUCCGGCUUGCAGCCCUGCAGCCUAGGGGGAGGUACGUGCCCUGCCAUGUGUACCUGCAGUAACAACAUUGUGGACUGCAGAGGGAAAGGCCUCACAGCUGUACCAGCCAGCCUUCCUGACACCAUGGCAGAGAUUCGCCUGGAGCAGAAUGGGAUCAAGUCAGUUCCUCCCGGUGCCUUCUUUCCCUACAAGAAGCUGCGCAGGAUAGACCUGAGUAAUAACCAGAUAUCUGAAAUAGCUCCUGAUGCCUUCCAAGGCCUGAGAUCUCUCAACUCACUAGUCCUGUAUGGGAAUAAGAUUACGGAGCUUCCCAAAGGAGUGUUUGAUGGACUAUAUGCCCUGCAACUACUGUUGUUGAAUGCCAAUAAGAUCCACUGUGUUCGGGCCAAUGCCUUCAAAGACCUGCAGAACCUCUCUCUUCUGUCUCUGUAUGACAACAAGAUACAGACUGUGGCCAAGGGCACCUUCGCUUCUCUCAGAGCUAUACAGACGCUUCACCUAGCCCAGAACCCGUUUAUCUGUGACUGUAAUAUGAAGUGGCUGGCAGACUACCUGCGCUCCAACCCCAUAGAGACCAGUGGUGCCCGUUGUACCAGCCCCAGACGACUGGCCAACAAACGCAUCGGGCAGAUCAAGAGCAAGAAGUUCCGCUGCUCUGCCAAGGAACAAUACUUCAUCCCUGGCACCGAGGACACCCGUCUGAAUAAUGAGUGUAACAGUGAGCCAGCCUGUCCUCCUAAAUGUCGCUGUGAGUCCAACGUGGUGGACUGCUCCAACCUCCGAAUCAAAAAGAUACCAGAACACAUCCCUGCCUCUACCACUGAACUUCGUCUGAACAACAAUGAUAUCACUACACUGGAGGCUACAGGAGUCUUCAAGGCCCUCUCCCAGCUCAACAACAUUAACCUUAGCAACAAUAAGAUCACGGAGAUUGAGGAUGGGGCGUUUGAGGGGGCGGGGUCUGUCAACGAGCUCCAUCUUUCAGCCAAUCAGCUGGAUUCUGUCCGCAGCGGAAUGUUCAAGGGACUGGAGGGACUACGCAUGCUAAUGUUGAGGAACAACAAGAUCAGAUGUAUCCAUAACAACAGCUUCACCGGCCUGCACAACGUUCGCCUGUUGUCUCUCUAUGACAACCAGCUAACUACCAUCACCCCUGGAGCCUUCGACACCCUGCAGACACUGUCUACACUUAACCUCCUGGCUAACUCCUUCAACUGUGACUGUCGUCUGGCCUGGCUUGGUGAUUGGCUGAGAAGCAGAAAGAUUGUCACGGGCAAUCCUCGAUGCCAGCGCCCCGCCUUCCUCAAAGAGAUCCCACUGCAGGACGUGGCACUGCCUGACUUCCGCUGUGAAGAGGGAGUGGAGGAGAUGAGCUGUGUGCCCAGGCCUCUGUGUCCCAGUGAGUGUACAUGUCUGGAGACUGUGGUACGCUGCAGUAACAAUCACCUCCGUGCGCUACCCAAAGGCAUCCCCAGAAACGUCACUGAAUUGUAUCUGGAUGGGAACCAGUUUGGCAUGGUGCCAAAGGAGCUUUCUACCUUUAAAUACCUCCAGUUAGUAGACCUUAGUAACAACAAGAUCAACUCUCUCACCAUCUCUUCAUUCUCCAACAUGAGUCAGCUCACGACACUGAUCCUGAGUUAUAACUCUCUGCGCUGCAUCCCCAGUCUGGCCUUUGGUGGACUGCGCUCCCUUCGACUACUGUCUCUCCAUGGCAACGAGAUCUCUGAGCUUCCUGACGGCAUCUUCAGUGAUGUGGCCUCUCUGUCUCACCUGGCUAUUGGUGCCAACCCCCUGUACUGUGACUGCCGUCUGCUCUGGCUGUCUGACUGGGUGAAGACGGGCUACAAGGAGCCAGGCAUCGCCCGCUGUGCCGGACCGACGGGCAUGGAGGGCAAGCUGCUGCUCACCACCCCUGCCAAGAAGUUUGAGUGCCACGGUGAGGUGGACAGCGGCGUCCUGGCCAAGUGUAACCCAUGCCUGUCCAGCCCGUGUGUCAACCAAGGGAUCUGUCACAGUGAUCUGGCAGAGAUCUACAGGUGUAGCUGUCCUCCUGAAUUCCAGGGUAGAAACUGUGAGACUUCUCUGAACAUGUGUGUCAGUAACCCCUGUGUCAACGGGGGCACCUGCCAACUUGAUGAGGAGGAGGAGGCAGCAUACAGCUGUGCCUGUCCCCUUGGCUUUGACGGUCCUACCUGCCUGACCAACAUAGAUGACUGUGAAGAUAAUGACUGUGGAAACGGAGCUGCCUGUAUAGAUGGAGUCAACCACUAUACCUGCCUCUGUCCACUGUACUACACAGGGGAGAUGUGUGAGGAGAUGGAGGAUGUGUGUGCUCCAGGGGUCAGUCCGUGUCAACACCAAUCUACCUGUCUCAUCACCUCUACUGGGCCCCAGUGUGUGUGUUCUCCGGGCUACGUGGGUGAUGACUGCAGUGUUGACUACGAUGACUGUGAGGAGAAUCGCUGUCCGAACAGAGCUCAGUGUGUCGACCAACUCAACGCAUACUCCUGCUCCUGCCCUGAUGGCUAUAGUGGUCAGUUGUGUGAGGUGCCCCCCUUCCCGCGGUCUCUGUGUGACCUGGCAGACUGCCAGAACGGUGCCCUGUGUGUGGAACGGGCAGGCCGGGCACUGUGCCAGUGUCUCCCUGGGUUCGGAGGGCCUCGCUGUGAGAAGCUGGUCAGUGUUAACUUUGUAGACAGAGACUCCUACCUGCUGCUCUCUGACCUCAAGAACUGGCCCCAGGCUAACAUCACACUGCAGGUGUCGACAGCGGAGGAGAAUGGUAUCUUGCUGUAUAAUGGAGACAAUGAUCACAUCGCUGUAGAGAUGUAUCAAGGUCACGUUAAGGUCAGCUACGACCCUGGCAGCCAGCCUGGACAUGCUAUCUACAGUACUGAGACAAUCAACGAUGGUCAGUUCCACACGGUAGAGCUGGUGACCUUUGACCAGAUGGUGAACCUGUCCAUCGACGGGGGUCUCCCCACCACCAUGGAUAGCCUGGGGGGGGUCCGUCCCCUUAACGGGGAGGCUCCGCUAUACGUGGGGGGUAUGCCCGUGGACGUCCACUCGGCAGCCUUCCGGUUCUGGCAGAUCCAGAAUGGCUCCAGUUUCCACGGCUGCAUCCAGAACCUGUAUAUCAACAACGAGCUGCAGGACUUCACUAAGACCCAGAUGAAGCCGGGCGUGGUGCCAGGCUGUGAGCCCUGUAGGAAGAUCUACUGCCUGCAUGGUAUCUGCCAGCCGGACGGGCCACAGGGACCAGUCUGCCACUGCCAGCCGGGCUGGAGCGGACCACACUGUGACCAGCCUGCCGCCAACCCAUGCCAGGGCAGCAAGUGUGUGCAUGGGAAGUGUAUUCCCCUUGACCUGCAGGCGUACCGCUGUGAGUGUGUGGAGGGUUACCGUGGUGCCCUGUGUAACCAGCAGGGGGAGCUGUUUAACCCCUGCCGCAGCCACAACUGUAAACAUGGGCACUGUCAGACGUCUGAUUCAGGAGACGCCAACUGUCACUGUGAGGCCGGAUACAGCGGAGAGCUCUGUGACGCAGAGUCAGAGUGUCGAGGGGAGCCUGUGAGGGAUUUCUACCAGGUGCAGCGUGGAUACACCAUCUGCCAGACCACACGCAUGGUCUCCUGGGUAGAGUGCUCCGGCACCUGCGACACGGGUGCCUGCUGCGCCAGCCAGCGAAUGAAACGUCGGAAAUACACCUUUGAGUGCAGCGACGGAAGAUCAUUCAGCGAGGAAGUGGAGAAGACCAUCAAGUGUGGCUGCGUGGGCUGUAUGUAGCACGCUUCACACAAACCUGCUAUUGCCACCGCCGCCGAACGCACCACAGAAAGAGAGAGAAGAAGAAGAAAUAAGAUAAAUAGUAUAAAGAAAUGUAUAUAAAAACCGCUAUGUAUUAUGGACAAUAAUCUUUAUAAAAUAGGACAUUACCUCCUCUUUCUUUGGGUGUGUGACGUACAGAAACACAGAGGAAAAACACAACAACCAAACCAUUGUAUCUGCGACAUUGUUUGGAAAGGGUUCUAAAGAUGUGAAAGGUGUUGCAUUCAGAGCAAGGACUCAACCAACCCCUCAUACACACAUGGUCUCAACCUUUGGCCUCUUGGACAUCAUCCAUUAGGUCCCAGAAAGCCUCAGCACCAUCUCUCAUCUUUUCUUCCUGAUGGCAGUGUGUGUAAUGUAGCGUCUGGCCUGGUCAGGGUGGCAGGAGGGAAGAGGUACAGAGAUAUUGAAAGAGAGGGAGGAGACUGGGUUGGGCUGGAAUUGAGUUUGGUUAGGCAAGACUGGAGUUGGGCUAGAGUUGAGUUUGGUUAGGCAAGACUGGAGUUGGGCUAGAGUUGAGUUUGGUUAGGCAAGACUGGAGUUGGGCUAGAGUUGAGUUUGGUUAGGCAAGACUGGAGUUGGGCUAGAGUUGAGUUUGGUUAGGCAAGACUGGAGUUGGGCUAGAGUUGAGUUUGGUUAGGCAAGACUGGAGUUGGGCUAGAGUUGAGUUUGGUUAGGCAAGACUGGAGUUGGGCUAGAGUUGAGUUUGGUUAGGCAAGACUGGAGUUGGGCUAGAGUUGAGUUUGGUUAGGCAAGACUGGAGUUGGGCUAGAGUUGAGUUUGGUUAGGCAAGACUGGAGUUGGGCUAGAGUUGAGUUUGGUUAGGCAAGACUGGAGUUGGGCUAGAGUUGAGUUUGGUUAGGCAAGACUGGAGUUGGGCUAGAGUUGAGUUUGGUUAGGCAAGACUGGAGUUGGGCUGGAGCUGAGCAGAAGCUGGGCAGGGCUGGUAUAAGCUUGCCUGGGCUGAGUUGAGCCAAAUAAAGUCAGGCUUAGCUGGGCUGGGCCGGAUUGCAGUGGAGCUGUGCUGGGCUGAGCAGAGCUAGGGCUAGGUCGGGCUAUAGCUGGUCUAGUCUGAAGCUUAUUUGACUCCUGGAGUCUUUAGAACAAGAUAUGUCCAUUAUUUUCCUUAUUUAUAACACUACUGCACUGAAAAUCAGUGCCCUUCACAGUGCACAUACAUACACGCACCCACACAGUAGAGAAAGGCCUUGUCUGAGCAGAAGGAAACACACACAAACACACAUUUUCUGUCUGAGCAGAAAGGUCAUUUCAUUAGAAGCAAUACACAUUGUGAUGCAGGUAGACUCUCCAUUUCCCUACUGUGGGCUAUAAGCUAUAACCCCAUCCGGAGCAGGCAGUGCCCGUUGGAGAACCAUCUCCCAGCAUGCAUUGCCUCCGGAUGAUUUGCCCUCCCCACUUUGAGCAGGAUGAUUAGGCCCCUCAAUGCCUUCAGUAUUAAACGUGUGCAAAUUGUUGCAUGCAAGAAGUUUGCAAAUUAUUAUGUAGAACUUUUUCUUAUCAUGAUGUAUAUUAUUACAGAACAAAGGUGCAGAGUAUAAUUUUUUGUUUGUUAUGUUAUGUCUAAUUUCAAUGAUUUGUUUUGCAUUAUGUUGUUUUCUGAUGUAACCUAAAUCCUUUUGCCCUCUCUUUAUACAAACAUGCCUAACAGAUUCUAAUAUAUAUAUUUGUAUUUCAUUUUGGUAUAGUAUUUUUAUAUGUUAAAGAGUAAAUCUGUGUUUUCUGGAAGCUUCCAAUGGAACGGGCAGGACGGCAUUUGAUUGGUUCCAUAGCUGUUUUCAUUUGUUUAUUUCAAUUGCUCAAACAAGCUCGUUUGUAAUUGUCCAAAACAAGGUAGCGAAUGGUUGGCCUUGUUUUAUAGGAGGCAGUAUUUAUGUAAAAACACGUUUAAUAUUGUAUGUGUUGUCUUCCAUGUGAAUAUGACGUGUAAUUCAUUUAAAAGUCUGUCUGCUGUUUUGUUUUAUUUAUUUUCUCUUAAGUCUUUUUCCUGUAGAGUAUAAAAGGCAUAAUAAUUGUUGCAGAUUUUCAAAAAUUAUUGGGAAAAAAGGAAUACAAAGUUACAAUAAAAACUAGUGUAACAAAAAGAAAAGCUGGAAGGUAUUUGUGACAGAGCUUGAACCCUCUGGCUCAGACAGAUUCCUCAUGGUCUGUUGGGCCCGAGUGGGUGGAGUUAAAAUGCAAAUGAGAGAGAUGCCCCUCCUGCUCUGAAAUACAUUUGUCCUGUAUUUACCAUACUCUGAAAUAUAGUGAAAGGGUUUUGAUCAUCGUGUUGAUUUUGUUGAAGUGUUCGGUUGAAUUUCUGUCAUUUUAAAUUGGGGACAUUUUCCGUCGUAGAUAGAAGUAAUUAUAAGAUUCAAGUGAAACAGUCACAGUUGACUGAAAUGUAUCUGCUGUAGGAAGCUUACUUAUUGUGGAUGUGCACAAAGAUGGAGUCUACAUUUUACCUCCAUUAAGCACAAUUGAUGCUGCCAUCUUACCAUUGUACUGUGGUGGGGGCAUGGGUUGAAUGACAGCAAACUGUAGACCUACCAUCUUUCUGUACAUCUGCCAUCUUACCAUUGUACUGUGGUGGGGGCAUGGGUUGAAUGACAGCAAACUGUAGACCUACCAUCUUUCUGUACAUCUGCCAUCUUACCAUUGUACUGUGGUGGGGGCAUGGGUUGAAUGACAGCAAACUGUAGACCUACCAUCUUUCUGUACAUCUGCCAUCUUACCAUUGUACUGUGGUGGGGGCAUGGGUUGAAUGACAGCAAACUGUAGACCUACCAUCUUUCUGUACAUCUGCCAUCUUACCAUUGUACUGUGGUGGGGGCAUGGGUUGAAUGACAGCAAACUGUAGACCUACCAUCUUUCUGUACAUCUGCCAUCUUACCAUUGUACUGUGGUGGGGGCAUGGGUUGAAUGACAGCAAACUGUAGACCUACCAUCUUUCUGUACAUCUGCCAUCUUACCAUUGUACUGUGGUGGGGGCAUGGGUUGAAUGACAGCAAACUGUAGACCUACCAUCUUUCUGUACAUCUGCCAUCUUACCAUUGUACUGUGGUGGGGGCAUGGGUUGAAUGACAGCAAACUGUAGACCUACCAUCUUUCUGUACAUCUGCCAUCUUACCAUUGUACUGUGGUGGGGGCAUGGGUUGAAUGACAGCAAACUGUAGACCUACCAUCUUUCUGUACAUCUGCCAUCUUACCAUUGUACUGUGGUGGGGGCAUGGGUUGAAUGACAGCAAACUGUAGACCUACCAUCUUUCUGUAUAUCUACAAUUGGAUCCACCUAUGAGUGUUUUGUCCAUUUUGACAUGUACAGUUAAAUCUCUCUACUCUGACAGGCUAUAGAACAAGCUACAGAGAUGAAAGAAGGUGCCAUUCAUAGUGUAGAACAGUCCAACCUGAAUGUUUAUAGAUAAAUAUUUACUGAGCUCACUCCUGAAGGGGUUCAGCCAUUAUCCUGUUUAGUUCCCAUUAUAAAAGGUACAUCACAUCCUCUGUGUUUUAGAAGUGGGAGACCUACAGGACUGUGGAGUAGGAUAGAGACCUACAGGACUGUGGAGUAGGAUAGAGACCUACAGG